AGAUUACCCGCCAGAAAUUACUCGUUGACAAACGAAACUUCAAAUGUGUUAUUGUUUCGUGCGUUAUGCAAGUGCUUGGAAAUAUUCGUCGUAUUUCAAAUUCAAAAUUGUCUCUGUAUUACAUUUUAAUCAUAUAUCGCGAAAAACGCUAAUUGUCGUAAAAUGAAAUUACCUGCUCCUGUAUUCCAAUCUACGAUACUGCAACAACUUCCUAUUCAUAGUGAUUUCCUUUCAGUAAUAAGAAAGAAGGAAUGCCUUUUUGUUUACAAGACAAAAGAAGUCUCUACACAAAAAGAUGUUGCCUCACUAAACAGUCCUAAAGUAGAACCAGAAACACAAACCAAACCUCUACAGUUGCAACAAGAAGUUGAUAUGGUGGGAACCCCUUUGGAAUGUCCAUUUGAUUUGGAUAUGUUGAAAAUACAAGACGAAGAUUUCUACUCGAAAGAAUCAAUGGAAUCCUCCCAUCAUUCAGAGCUGAAAACUUGUAUUUACAAACCAUUUUCAUCUUUUGAAGCCCGAGGGAUACUAUCUAAUUUCAUUUUAGAUCUCUCUCUCCAAUCUGCUUUGCCAGUCUUCUGCUUGGCGGAUGCUGAAGAUGGGGAAAGAACAUCAGUCUUGGGCAUUGAGAGGGGAAGGAAUAAUGAGCUCAUUCGUUACAAGAUAACAGUAGCUGGUCCCAUCACAGCAACCAAUCCUACCAUCCAGUUGGAUCAUUUGAAAUCUGAAAUGGCCUUCUUCACAAAUGUUGGAGAGUUUUCAACGCGAGCGAUUGCUACGUACGAAGCCUAUCGAGGAGUUGAUGUCAAUGCCGAUACAGAUACGAAUGAGGCAUUUGUCAGACUGGAGUGUUCUUGGAAGAAUCCUACAAAAGUUCUUGAACUCCCCCACAUAGCUUCGCAAGCUAAAGUCAUCAUCCGCCCAUUACCUGGCGAAACCUGCAGCGGAGCCUAUGAGAUCUGGCGGCAAUUGAACACCCUUCAGCACUUGAUCAAGGGAUUGGAGUCGCUCGAGAUCGUUUGGUUUGUCAAAGCAUCACAGAAAACAUUAAGAGAAGAAAUAGAUAAAUUAAUUGCAGCAUUUUGCAAAGACGAUACCUACCAAUUGAAAGAAAAAAUUGAAUUCGAGGAACUUUACGACGAACAGCUGAUUUACAAGCGGACACCGAUGGAUUUCAUAGAUCACUUGUGGGAAUUACUAUCACAGAACUGCAGCAGUUUCAACGACUUGUGCCAAAGUUUGCAGUACACAUUACAGCGCGCGAAAACGGAUCAUCCAAUGGUAUUUUUCGACAAUCCUACGAAAUUUGGGAAAAUGUUGCGUCAGAACGAUGCACCUCCUCAGUUGAACGGUAUGGAACCUGUUUCUCUCCUCAUCGAAAUGGGCAUCGAGAAGUUGAAACGCGAUUACCUCUACAUCUUUAGUGGCAAUAAUCUGGUAGCCGAGCGCGUCAUCUCCAUGUUUUUACCACAAGAUGGCACCUCUUUCAUCGAUCAACUGAACUGCCUAAUCUCAAUCCAAUCGGCUGUUGAGGUUGUUGCUUUGUGCCACAGGGUACUCCAGCUACCUCACUUGGCUCUUCGCGAUGUCGUCACUCCUCUACUGGAACACUUUCGCGAUCCUGAUAACCUCGGACGAGAAUUCUCUUUUCAGCUGGGCGUUUGUCUGCUAAAAGGCUUUUUCCAGCGUCAAGAGAGCGGCUCAUCGGUGGAGAAAUGGCGGGUGGAAUUCGCUUCAACGGCUGAUUGCCAUCCGGUCAAAUUGGCUUGUCAACUGACGGCCAGCAACCUUCUCGACGCUUCAUCGGCAGGUGACGAGGAGACUGUUGGCGAGCGGCGUUUCAAUGUCGAGCGCUAUCUCUCCAAAAGUGAUACGUUGCUCGGCUGAUGAGUGGAAGAAACGGAAUGAAGAAAUGAUCGCCGUCCGAAUUGAACCUCUUUUCUUAACCUCCCCUUGUAUUCAACCCCUGUUUACCUUUUUGUUAUUUUUCAUGCGUUACUAAAAGCGUAUAGUGAAGAAGAAAAAUACAACACCG